AAAAGUCAGAUUAUAUCGAGAUAAAUAAAUAUGUUUAUUGCCUAUAAUACAACAUUAUUACACAUAUCAAUUUAGACGUAAUACUUAAAGAACAUACAUACAUAUAUAAGUAAUGUGAUGUUGAAUAAUUUAGUUGUAAGACAAAGGUCAAGAUUGGUAGAUACUAAAUCGGCUAUAUAUUCGAUCUUUCGAAUUCGACACAAUAACAGUUUAAAAAAUAUCCAUGAAAAACAAGAUUAAUGACUUACAUUACGGAAACACUACUUACAAGGAGAUGACCAACUUUAAUCCUGUGAGAAACUGGGCACCAUGUGAGGAGCUUCUGUCACAGUAUAAAAAUUCUGAUUAUGCUGUGAUUAUUUUAAACACUCCGAUCAAUUUUAAUCAACAUUUCAUAUUGAAUUUAUGGAACCAAGCCAAAGUGCGAAUAACAGUAGAUGGAGGAACAAAAAAAUGGUUUCAAUGGUUAACCAGCCACGAGAGGGAGUUUAAGGAAGCUUUACAUCCCGACUUAAUUACAGGUGACAUGGAUUCCCUACCGAAGGAUGUGCUGAAUUAUUUUGAAAAGCGUAACUCAAAAAUUGUUGUAACCCCGGACCAGGACGAAACGGAUUUUACGAAAGCUUUAAGAGAACUGAAAACACAUUGCAACAUGGAAAAUUUGCAGAUAGACACUGUAUAUGCCCUGGCAGAUACGAGUGGACGGUUCGAUCAGAUCAUGGCGAACAUCAAUACUCUAUACAAAAGUAGAGAUAUAUUGAAAAACGUCAAGAUAUAUCAGGUGGCUUCUUCUUCCCUGACGUGGUUGCUGUCGAAGGGGCAGCACUCUAUAAGCAUACCAGCAACGUUGAGGAAAAACCAAGAAUGGUGCGCGCUUAUACCCGUCGGCAGCCCAUGCGUCGUCUCAAGUACUGGAUUGAAAUGGAAUUUAGUUAACACCAAAUUGGAAUUUGGAUUCCUUGUUAGUACAUCUAAUACGUACGAUGGUUCCCCCGAAAUAACCGUAGAAACGGACGGUCCAAUUGUGUGGUCGAUGGGAAUAGAGACGUUAUUAUCGUGAAAGUACACCUAGAAUGUAAUAAAAGUAGUUAUCCAACAGACUAAUAAGGAAUAGGAAAAUUUAAAUUUCUUGCCACCAAAGAAAGCAGGAAUUCGUAACGCACUAGGUCCAACGAUGCAUGUCCGUACCUUAAAGGAGGGUCUAUUCGAUAGCUAGGACCGAAUUAUCCUGAUACCUAAACAAGAAGAAAAAUAAAUUGUGGUGUAAUGCCAUUUUCUUGUGAAAUGGUCAAGGGCUAGGGUGUACUUAUUUUUUAAAAUUUGUAAAGAAAAAUAAAUAUAUUUUAUACAAGGGCAAAAAGGUUUAAUCAAAUAUCAAUCACCUCCAUUAUUCAUAUCGAUGCUUUAGUACGAAAACAUGCUAUCUCAGAUUUCAGUUGGAAAACA